GUAGUCAGGCUGUGAACUGAAGUGACAGACGGUCGAACAAACAAGAAAAAAUGGCGAAUCUUCUACCUCGUUCCCUUGGUCUUGCUGAAAUUUUACUGAAACAUGGGACUAAGCUACGGGCAGCCACAUGCGCAUCCAGCCAUCCCAGUUCACAGCAAAAACGACACUUGAAUGUACAUGAGUAUGUCAGUUAUACUCUACUCAGUGAAAAUGGAAUUCCUGUGCCAAAAUUCAAUGUGGCCAAGACCAAGGACGAGAUUGUGAAGUUCGCGCAAGAUCUCAAUUCAAAAGAUAUAGUGCUCAAAGCUCAGGUAUUAGCUGGUGGCAGAGGAAGAGGUGCCUUUAAGAAUGGCUUAAAAGGAGGAGUAAGAAUGGUGCCCACGCCUGAGCAGGCAGGUGAGAUUGGAGGCAAGAUGCUUAAGCAGCUGUUGGUGACGAAGCAGACGGGUCCAGCCGGCCGCAUCUGUAACAUGGUGAUGGUGACAGAGAGGAAGUUCCCUCGUAGGGAGUUCUACAUCGCCGUUAUGAUGGAGAGAAGUUUCAAUGGCCCUGUCAUCAUCGCAUCUUCUCAAGGUGGAGUGAACAUCGAAGAUGUAGCAGCGGAGAACCCCGACGCUAUCACGUACGAACCCAUCGACAUUGUUCAGGGGAUCACUGACGAACAAAUCAGCAGAGUCGUCAAAAAGAUUGGCUUAGAAGAGAAUGCCGCCGAGGCGUCUGACGUGAUAAAGAAAAUGUAUGACUUGUUUUGUAAGAGUGACGCGCUUCUGAUCGAGGUCAACCCUUACGCUGAGGAUGCCAUCAACGGGAAAUUCUUCUGCUUGGACGCCAAGUUCAGGUUUGAUGACAACGCGGAUUUCAGACAAAAGAAAAUAUUUGGCUACAGAGAUACUACACAAGAGGAUCCCAAAGAAAUCGAAGCUGCUAAAUACAAUUUGAACUACAUUGCUCUUGAUGGUAAUAUUGGGUGCAUGGUGAACGGCGCGGGGCUGGCUAUGGCCACCAUGGACAUCAUCAAACUGUAUGGCGGCGACCCGGCCAACUUUCUCGACGUCGGCGGCGGCGCCACUGCGCAGGCUGUCUCGGAAGCUUUCAAGAUCAUCUUAUCCGAUCCAAAAGUGAGCGCAAUCUUAGUGAACAUCUUCGGAGGUAUAAUGCGCUGUGACGUGAUUGCGGAAGGUAUCAUCAACGCCGCCAAGAACCUGAACAUUCAGAUCCCAGUCAUUGUUCGUCUACAGGGCACGAAGGUGAACGAGGCGCGCAAGCUGGUGGCGGAGUCGGGGCUGCGCAUCGUGCCGCGCGACGACCUGGACGAGGCGGCGCAGCUCGUGGUGCAGCUCUCGGAGAUCGUGGCGCUCGCGCGCAAGGCCGGCGUCGAGGUCAAGUUUGACAUCCCUAAAUACUUCCUCGAAAAGUAAAACAGUAUUACCUACAUCACCGUUAGUGUCCUAGACUAUGGUUUUUCUCGCGAGUUGUAAACUAUCUUCUCUUACCAUAAGGUGGGCUGCAUGCCUGCUUGAUAGUAUAUAAAAAAUAUAUUAGAUCAGACUUCUAAAGUAAAACAUUUAUUAACCACGAAAGUGAUUACCUAAAAGUCUAAAUAUUCCUGAAAAAUCAUGGUAAGAUUGUUUACAUAAUAAGACUUGUAAGAAAAAACUAAGUCCACUGGGAUGACGACGCCGUUGCACCUUCGAAGUAACUCAUUAUUGUAUUCUAGUGUAUAUCUCUUGUCGUAUUUUCGAUGUUCUAGAUUGUAUGCCGAGUAUUGUUUUAUGUAGUUCGUUUUAUUUUUCUAUUUGCAUAUAUUUUUAAAAGUAUUUUUUGACAUCUAUGUGAUAGUUUUCGUUUAUUGAAUAUUCUUUAAGUAUAUGUGCUGUAAUCGGGAAACUAUCUUAGUGUAGCAUCAUAAAAAUAAUGGGUUGUAUAACAACGUUUAUUUAAGUAUAACUUCAUUCAUUCUUAUUUAUUGAAAUUACAUGCAUUGUUAGUAGAGUAUAAGGUAUUGUUGGUUGUUAAGUAGUUAGUUCAAAUCAAUUAUGCGGGCUUUAAUUCAUGCGGAACUAUUUGUUACUAUCGUUAAUCUCCUCUUGCUCUUGUAUAAAAUAAUUAUAAAGCAUUUACAUUUACACACAAUAUGUAUCUAGAGUUCGGAGAUAACGGAGUAUAAAUGGUAUACGCUUUAAUUUGAGAACCGAAAGCCAAUCUAAUUGCACAAGAUGAAUGCUUGUUUGCAAAAUAUUUAAUGAUAUUUCUGUUAGUUCAGGUUACCAUUAAUUUUAUAGUUCAGAUUUUAAACAUUAAUUUGCCCUAGGGCAAUACGAUACGUGUAUCAACGCAAUAAUUUUGUAUUAUAGUACUUUGUGUACUCAUGUUCCUUAGAUAUAUAAACUUUUGCGUUUACAAUUGGAGAAGUAAUUCAAAAAACUCGGUCGGAUAGUUAAAGUACAAUAUUGUUAAUCCAUGUAUUAAUAUGUUAUUUAUUGUCUUUGAAAAAAGGCGGAAUAAAAUCUAAUUAGAUCUG